AUGACGUUUGAAACAAAAUUAAUGGCAAAAUUUGAAGAUCUUUCAGAUGAAAUUAUUAUUUCUAUAAUCGAAUAUUUAUCAUUAGAAGAUUUAAUUUUAAUAUUUGGAAAAUUAAAUACUCGAUUAUCAUAUAUUAUUUUUGAUCAUCCAUGGACUCAACAUCAACUUUAUCUUCAAACAAUAGAUAAUAAUACUUUGAAAAAAAAACUUGAUUUUAUUGAAAAUAUGAAAUUAACAACAAGAAUUUCAUUGAUUAAAAUUCGUCCAUUUAGUAUUUAUCGUAGUAUUGAAAUAUUUAAUCAAUAUAAACCAUUAUCUAAUUUUGUAAAUUUACAAGCUUUAUCUUUAAACAAUAUUACACUAGACGAAGCUGAAUCAAUAUUUACUUCAGAAUGUUUAUCAAAAUUAAAUAAUCUAACUCAUUUAUGUAUUAUUUUUUCAUUUGGAAUUGAACAAAAUAAUUAUAGUCAACGAUUUGAAUGUUUAAUUUCAAAAAUUCUUAUUCAUCCAUCACUUCGAUAUUGUAUUUUUCGUACAGCUCAAUCACUUGAAUUUUCACAAUUACAAUCAUUAUCUUUUGUUGAAUAUCUUAAUAUUAAUUAUUGUAAUUUUCAAAGUUUAUAUACACUUUUUAAAUUUACUCCUUAUCUUCGUCAUUUAACUGCAACUAUUGCAACAAUUAAUGAAUUAAAAACUGAACAAAUAUCAAUACCUUCUUCAAUUAAUUCACUUAAAUUAAUAUUAUGUAUAUCUUUAUAUGAUGAACUUACUAAUUUCUUAAAGAAAUUUUCAAAAUUACAAAAAUUAAAUAUUAUUACAUAUUCAAUUAUUGAACCAUUAACAUUUACAUCAUCUUGGUUUAAAUUAAUUACAGAAUAUUUACCUUCAUUAACACAAUUUAGACGAGAAUCAAAUGUAGCUUUAGAAAAUAUUGCUUCAUAUGUUGAACCAUUUCAUUGGCCAAAUGGAUGGCAAUUCAAUGAAAAACGUAUUGCAAAUGGUUCAAAUUAUUCUCGAGUUAUAAUCAUUAAUACAAGAUUUUAA